GCCGCCGCCGCCGCCGCCGCCGCGCUGGAGGCCAUGGUGCUGGACCCGGGGGCGGCGGCGGGCGGCGGGCUGGGGGCCGGCGCCGCCCCGCGCCUGCCCCACCGCCAUGGCCCGCCGCUCUGCUCCUGCCCUUGCCCACCGGCACCGGGACCCCCGCCCCGUUGCCCGCGGGGAACCCGUCGCCUGUCGGAAACCGGCACCGGGAUGCGGCGGAGCGAAAGCGCCGGGGGCCGCGGUGUCGGGGGGGGGAUGCGCUCCGCCGCCUCCCUGCCCCACAUCGCCCGGGGGCGGGGGAGCGGCGGGGGCGGCGGGGAGGAGCGGCGGAGCCCCUGCCUGCUGGUGGCCCUGCGGCCCCGCAACGUGGAGGCGGAACGGGAGCGGUUCUUCCGCGCCAGCUUCGCCUACGACCCCCAGUUCGAGUACGCCGAGCCGGUGCCCGCCGCCGUGCUGGAUAAGUACGGGGCCGCCUCCGAUCGCUUCGUGGGGCAGGCCAUCAGGAUCAUCCGGGCCGUCCUGGAGAAGUACGGGACCUACGAGAGCUUCGAAGUCGCCACGGGCGGGAGGCUUCUGAGCAAGUGCCAGAUCUGGUCCGUCAUCCGAAAGUACAUGCAGAAGGAAGGCUGCGUGGGAGAGGUGGUGGUGCAGCUCACCGACGACCUCCUGUCCCAGGCGGUGAUGAUGGUGGAGGACAGCCGGCCAACGCUGGCCAUCAACCUGGCUGGAGCCCGGCAGCACUGGCUGGAGGGGAUGCUGCGCCAUGAGAUAGGCACCCACUACAUCCGAGGGGUGAACAACACCCGGCAGCCCUGGCACAGCUCCGAGGGCCGCAAGCAGUACAGCCUGAAGCCCGCCAACCCCACGGAGGAAGGCUUGGCCAGCCUGCACAGCGUCCUCUUCCGCAAGCAGCCCUUCCUGUGGCGGGCGGCCCUGCUCUACUACACCAUCGAGCGGGCCAGCCGCCUCUCCUUCUCCGCCCUCUUCCAGGACCUGGAGCAGUACGUCCAGGACGCCGGCGUCCGGUGGGAGUACUGCGUGCGGGCGAAGCGGGGCCAGACGGACACCUCGCAGCCAGGCUGUUUCAGUAAGGACCAGGUCUACCUGGAUGGGAUUCUCCGCAUCCUGCGCCAUCGGCAGACCAUCGACUUCCCGCUGCUGGCUGCACUCGGAAAGGUCUCUUACGAAGACGUGAAUCGGCUGAAGAAAUUUGGGGUGCUGGAGAAAGCCCGCAUCCCCCACUUCAUGCAGGACCUGGAGCGGUACAUGAAGCAGCUGGACCACAUCGUCACCACCAACGGCCUGGACGAGGAAGAGCUGGAGCAGCUACUGCCCGACUGAGGGGCAUUCCCCACCACCACCCCCGCCCUGAAACCGGUGCCCCGAGGCCGCAACUGGUGCCAUUUAUUGGAUAUUUAUUGGGGCUGGAGCCUGGAGAGGGCAGAGCCUGGGCCCACCCCCCCGUGCCCGGGCGGCCGCUGUGCAUGUUCUGCUGUGUAGGGUAGCGCGGCCGGGAGGGCCGGUGUGGUUAGUGUUGAAGUGUGUGUUGUCCACCCCCCCCCCGCAACACCGUCCCCUGUGCGUUUUGGGGACGGCUGCGCGGCUCCGCGUGGCUUCGGGGAGCCAGAGGAGAGGGUUGAGAGGGAGCGAGGGCAGAGCUGGGGGGGACACGCUGCUCCCCCUGGGGUGCAGGGAGCUGUGCUGGGGCGGUUGCUAUGGGGCGGGGGGGUGGGAGGUGGGGGAAUGCCCUUAGGGUGCCAUGGGGUGCUCUCAGCAGAGCGGGGGCACCCCCUCGGGGCCAGCAGACGGGGCUGGGGGCUCUGGGCUGUGCCCAGCAGGGAGUCGGGGCUGGCCCGCACCCACCCAUUGCCCUGCGUGUGCGUUUCCCACUUCCUGCCCCUUCCCUCAGCAGCAGCAGGAAGGACUUUAAGCCCUCAAAAUACUAAUUUCUGCUCUCCCCCCCAACCCCCCAGCUCCUAGAUAUUUGCCCACGAUUAACCAUCGCUCUGCGCCCCAACUACAGGAGGACUCAGGGCAGGGAUGGGGCUUGGUGUUAGGAAAAAGCGUGUAAUAAAAAAAAUGACGUAAUGGAAACAACGUGUGGGCAAAAGGUUGUGGAUAGCAUCGAAGGGCAGGCUGGAAAGGCCUGCGAACACGGACCGCGCGUCUCGCUCGCACAGGCAAAGCUGCAUGGCUCCGAGCUGGUGCGUCAAGAGCGGGAAGGGGUCACCGGAGUGUGUAAAACACCAUACUGGGCAGGGACAACACUAAUAAAUCAAAGUAGGCAAAAGCAGAAGCUGCCCUGAGCUGUUCCUGGUCUCUUAACACGUGGUUUCUGCAGCAAUUGUGGCACCCCAGCUGUGCCACCCCCGGGAGAGUCGAUUUAAAAGAAAGAAAGAAAAAAAACAACACAGACUUAGUUUUGGCUUCUUUUAGCCGCAGCCUUUCAUCCCGCUGAGCUCCUGCAAAGGUAGCACAGGCCAAGGCUCAAACUCCAAGUCUCCAAGUUUGGCUGCCAGGCCUGGUCACAGCACCCCGCAGCUGCCCACGCU